AUGGCUCUAUAUCUUGCUCUACGUCUCACUCUGCGCCUUAUGCAAGCGAUUUUGCUGCAUAUCCCAGCAAGUAUCGGCUCGCAAUGGAAAUCGACACCUCAGAUCAAAAAUACUCGUACACAGCGUGCCAAGUGCAACUGGGCGACAAUUUGGCAAGAGCAAGUCGAGCGGCAAGAAGGCUUCGUUCACCGCCGGCUGGGUGAUAGUUUGGCCAAAGAAGCACGGCAGGAACGAUUUACCACCAAAGGCUGGCGGUCAGUUGGCGGUCAGUUGGCGGCCUGCAAGCCUACUUUGUUUCCUGUUGGCAAAUUUUCCAAGGAGGUCAAAGAUCUCCUUAACGACGCCAGCUUUGGAAAAAUCCGAGACGAUCUGGAGGCAAUGAAGAGGAACGUCGAGGCGUCGAUGACGGCAGUGCCUGCUGGGGAGGCACCUGCUGAGACGCUUCGGGACAUCGUCACCUCAACCAGAGACGAAACCCGUGCAAUGAGGGAGGCAUUGACGGGUCUAGCCUCUGCGUUGACGGCUGCAUACGCAGACCUAGCUCCUGCGCUGACGGCUUUCACUGACGAAGUUCGUGCGAUGAGCCGGGCAUCCACGGACCUAGUCGGUGAAAUGACGGCAGUCAGAGGCGAAGUUUGCGCGAUGCGAGAGGAUGUCAAGAGGUCGAAGGCAGAUGUGGCGACUUCGGUCAACGCUCCGCCCGAGGUCUCUUCUGAACUCCGACGGCUGAGGACAGACGACUCGAAGAUCCAGAGAGCUGGCAACUCUCCCCUGCGAUCCCAUUUGGGUUAA